AUGGUCGCUCGGGUUCAGCGUCGAUGGAGGGAGGAGGCGCGAGCGGAAGACUCUCCGCAGCUCAUCCAAACCCGGGUCAUCAACUUUGCAACUACCAUGACCCCUAUCUUGACCCAUCUCUCUCAGAACCCAUUUGAACGUAUCUUCUCUGGCGGCAGUAAGCGGAUGACCCUCGCUCGUGUGGAGAGAGCGUUACGCCACAAUUUGAACGAACUUCCGUUCCAUGCAAUUCCUGAGGAUUUCUAG